UUAAAUUACAUAUCGGUCCCCGAACGACAUAAACCUCGAAGGAUCCCAAAUUGUUUGUUUAACGAAGUAUAUGUGCCGCGAGGGCUCCACGAAAAGGCUGGCCGUUGCAGAGGCAGACCAGCUCCCAUUUGCUUCCCACUGUCCGCCAAGUCUUCCGAUCCCACAUGGGCGUUCCGCAGACGACGACCCCGUGCGAGAGACAAGAAGCGGGCGAGAGAGGAUGGCGGAGCGAGGAAGACUCGCGCGCGGCGAUGAAUGCGGAAGAUGGAGAGAAAGAAAGAGGGGGUUCGGAGAAAAAAGACUUCGGAACGAGGGUUCGCGUUUGCUCGCCGUGGGAGAAUUGGAUCCUCGUGACGCGUAAGCCCUCCCCUCGAUCUCCACACCGCGGCUCCAAUGGCGAGAAUCCGCACAUUGUGACGGGUUUCGCGUCGCCGCGCUUGAUCGAGGCUGGGAAGGCAACCCUCGCCCAUCUAACUGCUCAACGACAAAAUAAGGAAGCUUAACUUGUACCUGUUAGACUGGUUGACAAAUUGAUUAUCUUUGAACCACAAGUAGCAGAUGGCCUCUCCUCCCAGCAGUGAGAAUGUGACACAAUGUAAAACAUGUCGCUGCGGAGAGGGGGAUACCAAUCUCUUGACCACGAGGGCCUCUGACAAUCCUGACAAACAGACAUAUAAAUGUCCUAAUUGCGAUGUUUUCAAGAGCGGGUCACUUCUCGUUUCAUCUAAAGGAAUAGGUUGGACAUCAUGGAAGAAACGUUGGUUUGUCCUUACACGUACAUCAUUGGUCUUUUAUAGAACUGACCCUGCUACCCUCCCUGAAAAAGGAAGUGAAGCAAAUCCUACCCUUGGUGGUAUUGACUUGAAUAGCUCAGGAAGUGUUGUGGUGAAAGCAGACAAAAAGCUUCUGACAGUGCUCUUUCCUGAUGGCCGUGAUGGACGAACUUUUACCUUAAAGGCAGAAACUUCCGAGGAUCUGUAUGAAUGGAAAGCUGCAUUAGAGAAUGCUUUAGCUCAAGCACCUAGUGCAGUUCUUGCAAUGGGACAGAAUGGAAUAUUCAACAAUGAUGUAACUGAUUCAGUUGAAACUUCAAAUGAUAAAUGUGGGGAUAGGGAACCUGAGAAAUCUACCAUAGUUGGCAUGCCUAUCCUGCUUGCGCUUGAAGAUAUUGAUGGAAGCCCAUCUUUUUUGGAGAAGGCCCUAAGGUUUAUCGAACAACAUGGUAUCAAGGUGGAAGGAAUAUUGCGGCAGUCUGCCGAUGUUGAAGAGGUAAAACGCAGAGUUCGAGAAUAUGAACAGGGAAAAGUUGAAUUUUCACCAGAUGAGGAUGCACACGUUGUUGGUGACUGUAUCAAGUAUGUGCUGCGAGAGAUGUCAGCUUCUCCAGUUCCUGCUUCUUGUUGUACUGCACUGGUUGAAGCAUACAGAACUGAUCGUGGAAGAAGAGUUAAUGCUAUCCGCUCUGCCAUAUAUAAAACUUUCCCGGAGCCUAGUCUUCGUUUGAUGCAGAGGAUUCUCAAGAUGAUGCAAACAGUGGCUUCCCACAAGUCCCAGAACCGGAUGUCACUAUCGGCUUUAGCAGCUUGCAUGGCCCCAUUACUUCUCCGUCCUCUUCUUGCUGGAGAUUGUGAAUUUGAAGAUGACUUUAAUAUGGGUGGAGAUGGUUCUAUUCAACUUCUAAAAGCUGCUGCAGCUGCCAAUCAUGCUCAAGCUAUAGUCAUAAUUCUGUUAGAGGAGUUUGACAAAAUGUUUGAUGAGGAUCUCUUGCAUGAGGGCUCAGCAUCAUCAGAUCCUUAUUCUGAUUCUGAAGGUGAUCUUGAAGAUGAUGUUUCAACUGAUAAUGACAUUCCAGAAGAUCAUGAUGAGCAUGACAGCAAUGAUGACUUGACUGAUAAUGACAUUACUGAAGAUGAUGGAUAUCAUGAUGAGCAUAACAGCAACGAUGAUUAUUCGGAUAAUGACAUUCCAGAAGAUGAUGGAUAUGGUGAUGAGCAUAAUGGCCUUGAAGCUGAUAUAGAUGAUGAUUCUGAAAAUUCAUGCAGUGAAACAAAUAGUGAAAGCCACAGCAACAUUGGAAAUGAUCCGUAUGAUAAUGAGCUCAUAGACAAUCAGAAAAGAGGUGGUGCAUCUCUUCAAGAACAUCAAAAGUCGUCACAAAAAUCUGAUAUUCAAAUUCCUGGUGAUUCUAGCAUACAGAAACAUGAAACCUUGCUGCACGAUAGUGAUGAUGGAGAAGGUGCAGAUAAGCCAAACAAACUAGUCGUCUCCAUAAAACGACCUGCUAUUUGGGGGCGCACUCCUGCAAGAAAGAACCUUUCCAUGGAGUCAAUUGACUUAAGCGAAGAUGAGAAUGCUAUUCAAAGGCUUGAGAACACUAAGAAUGACUUACAAAAUAAAAUUGCCAAGGAGGUAAAAGGGAAUGCAGUUUUGCAAGAGAGUUUGCAAAGACGAAAGGAAGUUUUGCAUGAGCGCCGUUUAGCUCUUGAACAAGAUGUAGAAAGAUUGCUUGAGCAAUUACAAAAUGAGCAAGAUUUUAGAGCAUCUUUGGAGAAUGGACUAAUGAACACGCAACCUGGGAAUGCAUCUCUUGUUUCUGCUAUGGAUAGCAAGACAAGGGCAGAUCUAGAGGAAGUUGCUCUUGCUGAAGCAGAUAUAGUUAUUUUGAAGCUGAAAGUUGAUGAUCUUCAUGGACAGCUUAACAAUCAGCUAAAACGAAGCUGUGUUUCCUUAUGUGAGUCAUGCAGCAGACAACUUCAUAUUAGUGAUCAUUCUGGAGAGAAAACUCAGUUGGAAGAUGUUAGGAGUAUCAAUCUUGUUGAUCAACACAACAAGUUUUUGAAACAAGCAGAGGACGCUUUGUCUGGAGUAGCCCAUGAGGCCAAGCCAGUAAAAGAGCAAGAGCUACCUUUUUCAGAAGUCACAGAGCCUUCUCUCGAUAAAAAAAGUGAUCCCAUUUGCCAGAAUGCUAUUGGCUUGGGCACUAGAAGUUCUUCAUCCACUGAGGACUCACUUUCAAAGUUCUCCCAGCAGUUCCAAACGAGGCAAAGUAAUUCAGAGACUCCAGUUAGCUGCAUCUCAUACAGUGAGCGUAAUGCUGACUGUGAGAAUGUAGAAACCCAACCCCGAGAAUCAGUGUCACCAUCAGAUGGGCAGCCGUCUGAGAAGCAAAGAAUAGACAUAGCAAAUCAAAGCCGUAAACUAUCUAAGGGACUUGGUAACGAUCCAUCUACUGAAGAGUCUGCGAGAGUUGGCCAAAUUACUGCUUCGAAGAACUUCACUUUGGGCUGUGAAGAUGUGAAUCAAGCCCAAGAUUCCUCUUUACCUGGGAAACAGUCCUUGCUCAAUCAGUGGCCAACUAAAACAGCAUUGGAUAGUUUGAGAUCUCAGACUUCUGCUAGUGUUUCAUCUUCUGAGCCCAGUGGAGUUGCAAAGAGACUCUCUUCCAGACCUGAGGAAACUGUCUCUUCAACAGCAUCUGCACUUGCUAAGUUGACAAACCGCCUAAACUUACUGAAGGAACGUCGUGCCCAACUAGCAAAUGAGCUUCAAAUUAUGCAUAAUGGUCAGGGUUCAGGUCCAGAUGUCCCUCCCUUGAGAACCAAUGCUUGAUGACUGAAUUAAAUUGAAGAUAUCUCAAGGAUUUUUGUCUUCCUGACUGUACAGGUGCUUCUUCCAUGUGAUGAUGAUACUUGCUCCUCUCAACUUGGUGAAUUCCCUUGAAGGCUCAGGAUCAUGUUGUCCUGACGUUUGUGUAAGCUGGAUGCUUAUAUUUCAUCUCUGCUUCCAAGAAAUUACCAAUGGGAAUACGAGGUUUGUGAUAAUACCUGUGUGAAAACAAUUCCAGUGUUGGGUAGUGACCGAAGACAGUCGAGCACUCUGUUCCAUAGGGAGGGGCGCUUCCAUAAUCCUAUUGUCUCUACCUUUUCAUGAUUGUCUUCUGACCACAUGCUUCAAAAACAAUUUUCUAAUUAAUUUUGUUUAAUAAAUCUCAUGCUCUGUCUGCACUUUCCU